AGAAGAGCUGUAGUCUGAGGUGAAAGGUCAUGCUGCUAUUUGGCGGCCAUUUCUCUUAAAGGCCUGUGUGGUUACUUCAGUCCUGAGGAUCGCACGAGAGUUGCGUCGGCGGCGAGUAUCCUGCAGCAUUUUCCCACUACCGCAGCAGCAGUCGCGAUGAGUUUGCCCCUCAACCCCAAACCUUUCCUCAACGGAUUAACAGGAAAGCCAGUAAUGGUGAAGCUUAAAUGGGGAAUGGAGUACAAGGGCUACCUGGUGUCUGUAGAUGGCUAUAUGAACAUGCAGCUUGCAAACACAGAAGAAUACAUAGAUGGAGCAUUGUCUGGACAUCUGGGUGAAGUUUUAAUAAGGUGUAAUAAUGUCCUUUAUAUCAGGGGUGUUGAAGAAGAAGAAGAAGAUGGGGAAAUGAGAGAAUAGCAUCUUUGGGGGGGAAUUUUUUUAUAUAUAUUUGUAUACAAUAAAAAUCUGUUUGGUUUUCA